AGAGAGAGAGAGAGAGAGGGGAAUCAAUGACGGAGCCAAGACGACUGAGAGGUCACAAGGCCACCGCCACCAGCUGUAUCGCCGCCCGUGACCGUCCUGGCCUCGUCGCCACUUCCGGCGAGGAUGGGUGUGUUUGCUGGUUCGAUGUGCGGUGUAAAGAUGUGUUAUUUGUCAUGAAUGUUGGGGGUAAUCCUAUAUCAUCACUCUGUUUCAAGCCAGGAAAUGAAGACAUCAUUUAUGUUUCCUCAGGAACUGAAGUCAAGGGGUUUGAUGUACAUUUGGCUGCCUCAUUGAAGUGUUUAGAGAGUUACAACUAUAAUAAAGAGGAGAUAAAUCAGAUUGCAUGCAACUCUAGGUCAUGUUUUCUUGCUGCUGCAGAUGAUGGUGGUGAUGUGAAGAUCAUCGACAUUCGCCAACAAGGCCUCUACAAAACAUUAAGAGCUGGCCAUACAAGUAUCUGUAGCAGUGUCCAAUUCCUUCCCUGGAGACCUUGGGAAGUCAUUACCGGUGGACUUGAUUCAAAGCUUGUGAUGUGGGAUUUCUCCAAAGGACGCCCACAAAAAAUUGUUGACUUUGGUGUGCCUGACGCGGACAGCGGAGGUAGUGCAGGACAAUGCUUGAAUCCUGCAUUUGUCCAUGCAAUUGCCGUUCCUGAAGUUGAUAUGGUAGAUAGAUUAGGCAAGGUAUGUGUCGUAGCUAGGGGCGAUGGUGUUGUUGAUGUGAUCGAUAUUGAAUCAGAACUUGCUGUUAUUAAGUCGAAAAGUUCUUUAAAACCUCGGAAAGGCACUCAAUCAAAAGCAAAAGGGAAUGUCUCAUCUGCAAAUACUGAAACCCAAGAUCAGAAUGGGCGAAAGAAAUUGCGUUUCGAUUACAGUUUGGGAGGGCACACUUCUGCAGCAUCGUGCGUGGCAUUUUCAAUGUUUGGGGAGAAAGGAAAGUAUAUAAUUUCUGGUGGAAACGAUAAAUUGGUGAAGGUUUGGGAUUGGGCCAGAUAUUUUGAUGCUUCUCAAACUGGCAGCAACAGUGAUCUGUUACAUUUGAGCAUUAGUUUGAGCAAGAAAGUCAAUUGGCUCUGUACCACUCCAGCGGACACAGACAACCUUAUUGUCUGCGACACAUCAAAAGUGGUGAAGGCCCAAUAUACAGUUGUGUAUUACCACUUACAAUCACUUGCUACCUCUUGGAUGCCUACUACCACUUACAAUCACGAGGAUGAGAUGCGUAUCUAUGUAAGGUUUGUUGACACAGACAGUAAGGUGGUGCAGGCUCAGGUUGAGUCUUUUUUGAAGGGGGUCAGGCUCAAAUAUGAGAGGAGGGGAGUGAUGGAAUCUGGGGGGAUACCUAUUUGCAACACAUGUGGUGAAGAGGUAGGGUUGAAUUCAAAUGGGGAAGUGUUUGUGGGUUGUCAUGAGUGCAAUUUCCCCAUUUGCAAGUCCUGCUUUCACUAUCAGAUCAAAGAAGGUCGUUCUUCGUGCUUGCGGUGUGGGGCUCCAUUUCAUGAGAAAUCCACAAUGGCUGAUGUUGAAACAGAGGUAUCUGGAAAUCAUUCUACAAUGGCUACUCACCUCAAUGACAUGCAGGAUGUUAAUCUCCAUGCUAGACACAGUAGUGUGUCUACGGUGGACAGUGAACUACAUGAUGAAUCUGGGAACCCGAUAUGGAAGAAUAGAGUGGAAAGUUGGAAGGACAAGAAGAACAAGAAGAAAAAGGCUGCUAGUAAAGUUGUUGAAGAAUCUCAAGUUCCACCUACAGAGGAGAUGGAAGAAAAGCAGCAGCAGUCAGGAGAUGCGGCACAGACACUUUCGAAAGCAAUUCCAAUCUCAAAGGGCCAACUCUCGUCAUACAGAGCUGUGAUCAUUAUGCGGUCGAUUAUUCUGGUCCUUUUCUUCGAAUACAGAUUAACACAUCCCGUUGAUAAUGCAUUUGGUUUGUGGCUCACUGCUGUCAUUUGUGAGGUCUGGUUUGCCAUUACCUGGGUGUUAGAUCAAUUCCCUAAGUGGUGUCCCGUUAAUAGGGAAACAUACAUUGACUGGCUAUCUGAAAGAUUUGAAAGAAAAGGUGAACCCUCAGAGCUGGCUGCUGUGGAUUUCUUUGUCACUACAAUAGAUCCAAUGAAAGAACCACCUUUGAUAACGGCAAAUACUGUUCUUUCAAUCCUUGCCGUGGACUACCCUGUUGACAAAGUCUCGUGCUAUGUAUCUGAUGAUGGUGCAUCCAUGCUUACAUAUGAGUCUCUUGCUGAAACCGCUGAAUUUGCAAGGAAGUGGGUCCCAUUUUGCAAGAAAUUUUCAAUUGAACCACGUGCACCCGAGUUUUACUUUUCACAAAAGUUUGAUUACUUGAAAGAUAAAGUGCAAGCCUCUUUUGUGAAGGAACGUAGAGCAAUGAAAAGGGAUUAUGAAGAAUACAAAGUGCGGAUAAAUGCUUUUGUAGCCAAGGCUCAGAGGACACCAGAAGAGGGCUGGACCAUGCAAGAUGGAGCACCUUGGCCAGGAAAUGACACAGCACACCACCCUGGCAUGAUUCAGGUUUUUCUUGGACACAGCGGUGCCCAUGACGUAGAAGGAAAUGAAGUUCCUCGACUGGUUUAUGUCUCAAGAGAGAAGAGACCUGGCUACAACCCUCACAAAAAAGCUGGUGCCGAAAAUGCUUUGGUAAGGGUGUCUGCAAUUCUAACAAAUGCACCUUACAUCGUCACCCUUGAUUGCGAUCACUAUGUCAACAAUAGCAAGGCAAUUCGGGAGGCAAUGUGUUUCUUUUUGGAUCCACAAGUUGGUCAAAACGUAUGCUAUGUGCAGUUCCCUCAGAGGUUUGAUGCUAUCGAUUGCUAUGACAGAUACACAAGUCGCAAUACAGUCUUCUUUUAUGUUAACAUGAAAGGAUUGGAUGGCAUUCAAGGACCACUUCAUGUGGGGACAGGUUGUGUUUUCAAUAGGCAAGCACUUUAUGGCUAUGCACCUCCUUUUUUGCCCGGCUUACCCAAGUCUUCUUCAUCUUGCUCAUUGUCCGGAAGCUGUUGUUGUUGCCGGCCCAAGAAACCCACCAAAGAUCUCUCAGAGGUUUAUCAAGAUUCGAAAAGGGAUGAUCUAAAUGCAGCCAUUUAUAACCUCAAGGAUAUCAACACUUAUGAUGAGUUUGAGAGGUCACUACUCAUCUCCAAGAUGAGCUUGGAGAAGACUUUUGGCAUGUCAUCUGCAUUUAUUCAGUCGACACUGAUGGAGAACGGAGGAGUGGCUGAAUCUGCCAACCCAGCGACACUGAUCAAGGAAGCAAUUCAGGUCAUUAGCUGUGGGUAUGAGGUGAAGACUGCAUGGGGAAAAGAGAUUGGCUGGAUAUAUGGGUCAGUGGCUGAGGACAUUUUGACGGGUUUCAAGAUGCACUGCCGCGGAUGGAGGUCUAUUUACUGUGUGCCAUCGAGGACUGCAUUCAAAGGUUUGGCACCAAUCAACGUGCCUGAUCGGCUCCACCAGGCUCUCAGAUGGGCCCUUGGAUCUGUCGAGAUUUUCUUGGGUAGACACUGCCCUCUCUGGUAUGGAUAUGGAGGAGGCCGCCUUCACUGGCUUCAGAGGAUGGCAUAUAUUAACACCAUUGUUUACCCGUUUACAUCUUUCCCUCUCCUCACUUACUGCACUCUGCCAGCGAUAUGCCUUCUCACUGGAAAAUCCAUCAUUCCCACGCUCUCAGACCUAGCAAGCAUAUGGUUUCUUGGCCUCUUCAUCCUCAUCAUCGUGACCAACGUGCUCGAACUAAGAUGGAGUGGUAUCGGCAUUGAAGAUUUGUGGCUCAACGAGCAAUACUGGGUGAUUGGAGGUGUUUCAGCCCAUCUCUUUGCUGUUUUCCAAGGUCUUUUCAAGAUGGUUACCGGCCUCAAUGCAAACUUCACCGCAGCUGAGUGGACAACAAUUUUGAUCCCUCCAAUAUCACUUCUUGCUCUCAACAUGGUUAGUGUCAUUGCUGGAUUUUCAGAUGCAUUGAACAGAGGGUAUGAUGCUUGGGGUCCUCUUCUUGGCAAGGUCUUCUUUGCCUUUUGGGUGAUCCUUCACUUGUAUCCAUUCCUCAAGGGUCUAACGGGUCGACAAAGCCGGACUCCCACCAUUGUUGUUCUUUGGUCGGUGCUUUUAGCUUCUGUUUUCUCUCUCGUUUGGGUCAAGAUAAAUCCAUUUGUGACCAAAGAUGAUAGUAGUGCAACCAUGGUGCCAAGUUGCAUUUCCAUUGAUUGUUGAAUUACCAAUAAGAAAUUUCAGCCACAUUUUGGUGCCAAGACCCGGGCGGGCUUGGUCCAAUACUCUUGGUCCUUCGGCAAAAUCUUAAAAAGGGGCUUGUUUAUAUUUAAAUCUUAAUUUAAAUAAUAUUUAUUAAAUUUUGGGCGUUGUAAUUUUUUUUUUUUUAAAAUUUAUGUUUCACCUUCUUUGCAUAUCUAUUCUUGUAAAUUAAGUCAACAUUUACUGAAUUUCAUUUAGCCU